AUGAGGGAGAAUGGCCAGUCCAUCUCCGAAUCCAGAGCUCGGAGGGCCUCGGCCCCAAAGUCGAAGAAUGGCUGUCUUACUUGCAAGCUUCGUCGGGUGAAAUGUGACGAGACGAGACCAAAAUGCAAUACUUGCAGUAAAUCUCGGCGUCAGUGCCAGUGGAAACCGCCCCCCGACGAAUCCAAGAAAAUAUUGGAUAUCGUCUCGCAAAGGAGCUCUCAGCUCCGUCAGCUUCGCCCCUCGCAGGCGCUACCUUUCAUAGAUGAGAGAGAGGUCUAUUACUUCUGGGCUUAUCGAGACGAGGUCGCUUCGGAGCUGGCCGGCGUCAUCAAGACGUCGCCUUGGACGUAUACAAUACUCCAAGAAGCUCACACGGAACCGUUCGUGCUUCGCUCGAUCGUAGCUCUCGGGGCGCUCUACAAGUCCUUCAAAGUAACACGCGCUGCCUCUGUCUACCCGGUCUCCAUGCGGGAGGUCGCCCUAGACAUAUCAGCCAAGCAUCGCGAGUUUGCUCUCGCGGCGUACGACAAAGCCCUGAAAGGAAUGCAGAGACUAGCUUCGGCGAAUCCUCCAGGCUCAGCACCUUCGUUGAGGAAAGUCAUGAUAGCUUGUCUCCUAGUCUUCUGCCUUGAGCACUUUCUAGACUCGCCAAAUACGUCUACGAUGCAGGGCGAAGAAGGCUACCUGCUCCUGCGCCGAUUGGAGUCGCGAAAGCCCCACCGCGCAGCCGGGAUUGCGUCUCCGGACGUGAAUGUUGUUGAGGAUGAGAUCUUCCAUGAAUUUACUAGAUUGGAUCUGCGGUACGCCAUGUUCUGGGGAAACCGCACCCUCGGUGUUCAUGCCGUACGGAGGCAUGAUGGUUCUGAGACGAUUAAGAAUAUGCCGGCUCGGUUUGGCAGCCUGGAAGAGGCCAGGUUGUAUCAGCAACUACUCAUGAGGCGGACCUUUCAUCUUAUUGGUGAAGCAUACGUUCGCAUCAUCUCUGCAAAGGUCGAGUCCGGACCUGCAGAAAUAGCAGACACUCCAGGUGAACUCGUAGAUCCAUGUAGUCUACCAACGAUGUUAUUCGCAGACCGCGAUGCAUAUCUAAAUGACCUGAGAAGAUGGCACAAGGCAUUCCAACCAAUUUUCGUAACGUUGAUAACAUCCAAGGACCCAGCGACCACAAUUGCGGCGGCAUUGCUUAGGGCGCAAGCUCUAGGUGCUGAAAUAGGCCUCGCGGGCGCCUUCUUCACAGAAGAAUGUGACCACGACGUAUUCCUCCCUGAAGCAAGAGAGAUAGUCUCACUUGCAGCACUCAUCGAUAAGGAGACCGCUCGGCUACAGCCAAAUGGCCAACAGAUAUUCAACUAUCUGCCCGGGCUGCACCAGCCCCUCCACGAUGUAAUUGCCUUCUGUCGAGACAAAAAGGUUCGCCAAGCAGCACUUCCUAUCUUUGCUUCCCAGGCGCUCCGCAGUCCGACAGAUCACAUGGCCAAGCUGGUAACGAGAGUCAAGUACCUAGCGGAACUUGAGGAGAAGAGCAGAAAUGAAGAUGGGAAGAUACCCGAGAGUGCAAGAUUUCGCAUCAUAUGGGUUCUGCACCACUACGGCGACGUGCCCCGCGGUCUCACGGUCAUCUAUGCGCGCCGGAUUGGAUAUCCGCUCGGAAGAGGGUAUCCGGCAAAGCGAGAAUGGAAACGUAGGACCUUCACUGCGGACGAGGCCAGCAGUAUGACUUUUGGAGAAGAUCCAGGGUACCAGCCGUUUCCGGCUUGUCUGAGCACCAAGCCUUUCGUCAAACCUCUGUCCGUGAAGUGGCAGGAGGUUUUCGACGAGUUACGACAAAGGAGACAUGUAAUAGACGCCUGA